UUUACAAAUGAAAAUUUUACGUGCGUUCCUCUCCUCAUUCGAUCAGUAUUGUUCGUCCGGUUACGAUGCAGAAACUGUUCACACGUUACAUACACUUCGAGGUCACUGCCUUCGCAGUUCUACUUCUCAUGAGAUCGUUCAUCAUGGUGCAUAGUGUUUUAACGGAUCCAGAACUGGAUGAAAUGAUGAACUAUUUGUGGGAGUUCACUAGUGACUUCCGGUUUCUUCGAGAGGUCGUAAUUCCCUGUGAGAUUUUAUACGUUACGGCAGUGCUGUUGCUUUUCUAUGGAAUGCGACGUAAGGAUGAACGAUUCUUCUUCGCACUUAUGAUGGCCGUAUUUGUCGAUUGUGGAGUGAUGGUGUUCGGGGAAAUAAAUGCUAUGUGGAACGAAUCCGACAUGGGCUGGACAUGGUCAAUGUUCUUAAACCCAAUGCGGCUGGUGUCUCAAGUGUAUGAGCUUAUUCACUGCGUCGUGACGAUAAUUUUACUCAGCCAAAUAUACUCCACGGAUAGGAACGCUCGAAACCAGUGUGCGCGAUUCCGAGUAAAAGAAGAUGAGAUGAAGCUUAUAGAUUGAUUGUUGACUAAUAUACUCAGCGUGAUAACAGUUCAAUUCCAGGUAGUAAAGUAUUCUAUAAAAUAACAAAAA